GGUGGAUAGGUGUUGUAAUAGUCCAGGUGGAUGCUGUAACGGUUUUAAAAAGGCCGGGUGGGUGUUGUAAUGGUUUUGAAAAUAGAGGUGGGUCUUGUAACGGUAUUGAAAAGGAUGGGUGGGUGUUGUAA